GUGAGCAAUUUUCCAGACCAAGAACACCCAAAAAGUGCCUACUAAAGACAACACUCUAACCAAAUACAAACAUGUGAUCCUACUGAUUUGACCUCAAUACACCAAAAAGCAACCACAACCCAGAAAAACUCCCCAUUUUCCCCCAACAGAAAAAAGAAGCCCCCUCUAUAAAAUCACAUCUAAAAACACCAUAGCGAAUAAACAAAACCAAGCAAAAUGAGGUACGCAAUUUCUAUACUUGUUUUCCAUGUUGCCCUUUUCAUUUCACUCCAAUUCAUCCACUGCUAUAACACUCAUGCCCUUCACUUAGAUGAUGAUCAUGAUGGUGAUGAUCAAGGCACAGAUUUGAUAGAGAAAACAUGCAAGAGAACACCCCAUUAUGACUUAUGUGUGUCAUCUCUAGAAUCAAACCCUGAAAGCUCAGGUGCUGAUCUAAGAGGGCUGGCCCGCAUAAUGGUUGAUCUUGUCCUCUCAAAGGCAACUGAAACUCUUGACUACAUAAGGAGUCUUCUGAAGCAAGAGCCAGACCCAGAAUUGGAGAAAUCUUUGGCUUACUGUGCUGAGCUUUACAUCCCAGUAGUGAAGUACAGCCUUCCACAAGCCAUUGAUGCACUACUUGGAGGCCACUUUGGUUUUGCCAAUUAUGGCAUUUCUGAUGCUGCAAAGCAGGCCAACGCUUGUGACAAGAACUUUUCCAAAUCAAGCACUUCUCCUCUUGCUGAGAAGAACAGUCUUCUUAAUGAUCUUUCAGAAGUUGCUGCAGCCAUUAUUAGUAUAUUGUUAAAAGGUUGA